UUUAAGGAGAGAUUUAGGGUUCUUCGAUGGAGGCUCCAGUGAAUAACAUCAUCUGCGUGUUCGUGAAUGCCGAUGGCAAGGCGCUGGAGCGCUUGGAUGUGCCACAGAAUCUCACGCCGAAGGAGCUCCAGACGCUCAUCAACACUGUUCUCCACAAUGAAGAGCCGCUCCCAUACGCCUUUUAUAUUAACGAUCUCGAGCUCGUUGGACAGCUCGGAGAACACGUACUUCGAAACAAAGUAUCUGUGGAGAAGGAUCUGCAGAUAGUUUACCACCCGCAAGCCAUCUUCCGGAUCCGCCCGGUUACGCGUUGCUCAGCGACCAUCUCAGGCCAUAGCGAGGCAGUUUUGUCCGUGUCAUUCAGCCCUGAUAGCAAGCAUCUUGCCAGUGGUUCCGGAGAUGCAUCUGUUCGUUUUUGGGACAUUUCUACUCAAACACCUCUUCAUACAUGCAAAGGUCAUAAGAACUGGGUUCUUUGCAUUGCGUGGUCUCCCGAUGGCAGAAAACUUGUUAGUGCGAGCAAAGAUGGUGGCAUCCAUGUCUGGGAUCCGUUUACUGGAAAAGCAUUGGGAAAUUCGUUAAGUGGGCACAAGAGCUGGAUUACAGCGCUGACUUGGGAACCAGCUCACAUACAAUCCCCUUGCCGUCGCUUCGCUAGUGCAAGCAAAGAUGGAGACGUUCGUGUUUGGGAUUCUUCCUUAAGGAAAUCUGUUCUUUGCCUCUCGGGACAUACACGGGCUGUGACUUGUGUAAAAUGGGGAGGCGAUGGAUUGAUUUACUCAAGCUCACAGGACUGUACAAUCAAGGUCUGGGAGACAACUCAAGGAAAACUCGUCAGAGAAUUAAAGGGUCAUGCUCACUGGGUUAACACAUUAGCAUUAAGCACGGAGUAUGCUCUAAGGACUGGACCAUUCGAUCACACAGGAAGAACAUUUGCAACAGACGAAGAGAUCAAAGAGGCCGCGUUUAAAAGAUACAAAGCCGCCAAGGGUGACUCCCAAGAAAGGCUCGUUUCAGGCUCGGACGAUUUUACAAUGUACCUAUGGGAGCCUGCAACUGGCAAGCAUCCAAAGACGCGUAUGUCUGGCCAUCAACAGCUUGUCAAUCACGUCUACUUCUCGCCUGAUGGCCGGUGGAUUGCCAGUGCAUCCUUUGAUAAGUCCGUCAAGCUUUGGAAUGGAUACACCGGAGAGUACGUCACAACUUUCCGCGGACAUGUCGGUCCGGUUUAUCAGAUAAGUUGGUCGGCUGAUAGCCGGCUUUUACUAAGUGGAAGCAAGGAUUCUACGUUGAAGGUGUGGAACAUGAGAAACCAUAAACUUCUGGAGGAUCUUCCGGGUCAUGCCGACGAGGUUUUCGCCGUGGAUUGGAGCCCCGACGGCCAAAAAGUCGCAUCGGGUGGAAAGGAUCGAGUGCUCAAGCUGUGGAUGAACUGAACAGACCAGAUGUGCGAUGGCGAACAGAAUCGCCAAGCGAUGAGCGUGUGCGAUUGAGAGUAUCUUCGCAUAUCCUUUCUGGAAUAUCCACUACUGCACUUCUUUUCUCUUAUUUUUUUCCCUCUUCAUCUUCUCCUGUUCGUUUCUCGUUCGUCUUGCCGCUCAGAUUUGCAGGCGAUGAUCCGUAGCCGUGUUCUCGAGUGCUGAGAGCCUCUCUCCAGUGUCUCCUUCGCGAGUGACAUGAGCAGCUACUUUGUUCCUCCUCUCAACUAUGGCAUGGUGGAGUACGAUCUCACAAGAUCAGGUGUUGUUCAUCAGCUCAAUUUUCCUUUUCUAGAGCGCCUCAACUUGCGCACUGUGCUCUAUCUCUCACAGGACGAACCAUCGCAGCAAUUCUUGAGCUUUCUCGACGAACAAGGCAUACAUUUUCGAAGGACUCAUCAAAGCAGCAGCACGACAGCGGCUGAAACGACGGGAUCGCUGUCCGAAGCUCAGGUACUAUCUGCAUUGGAGGUGAUACUGCGUCCGGAGAAUUAUCCUUUGCAUGUUAUGUGCAAGCAGGGACGCAACACCACCGGAACUGUAAUAGGCUGUCUUAGAAAGCUCCAGAGAUGGAACUUGACGUCGAUAUUUGAAGAGCACCGCAGGUACACAACCAGCAAAGUACGGAUCCUUAAUGAGCAGGUGCAACAAAUCUCUUGAUGCAGUUCAUUGAGAUGUUCGACGCUAACUCGGUGACCAUUCCUCCAAAUCAUCCUGACUGGCUAUGAAGAAAGAAACCAGACGAUUCUUUUUUCAACUCCAAAAACAUUUAGAAAAACGUCAAUUGAAAACAAAAGUAAAGACUAUUGUGAUGGUUCCAUUCAUUUAGCUUGGAAAAAAAUGGUAUAAUAAAGUUAUCUUAGCUGU